UUUCUACAAAAGAGAAUACAUGAAUGCAAAAUAUGGAGCCUGUGUAAGAACUGUGUGGUCGGUCACAUGGAGGCGCCCACAACCUGUGUGCAGACAAUUGAUAGCCGGAGCCAGGAAGAUGGACUUUGAUGUGUUACAUAGCAGGGCUACUUUGUCUUAUUAAUCCUUUCUUUCAUUUUUUAUUCAUUUUUAAAUCAGUUAGCUGCCUGGAGCUGGAGCCGCAUUAGCAGACGCCCGUACAGCACACCCACAAUUGGGGAAAAAACGACUGCUAGAUAGAAAUAAAAAAUAAAAAAAGGAGAUGAGGAGGGCAUUUGCAGGAUGCAGUGGAGCUCCACAUGGCAGGGCAUGAGUAGCUAGUCUGGCACUGCAUUUGAAUUGAUGCUGUGAGGAGGGAUUUCUCCUGUAAGAGACACUUAACUAACAUUAUUAUUUUUUAAGCUUCCUUUUUUUGUAUUAUUAAAUCAAAUUACUGGACAAUGGCGGCGGUGACAAGUCCGGAGUCGACACCUCAACCCCGGGUCUAUUUCCAAACCCCUCCCGGCACCGAGGAAGAAGUUCCACAGAAACAAGGGCGAGUGACCGUGAAAUAUGACAGAAAAGAGCUGAGGAGGCGACUGAACCUGGAGGAGUGGAUAGUUAGCCAGUUAAUGAAUUUGUACGACUGCGAGGAAGAUGAAGUUCCUGAACUGGAGAUUGAUGUGGAUGAGCUACUGGAUCUACCCAGUGAUGUGGAGAGAGCCAUCAGAGUGAAGAUGCUGCUUGUUGACUGUUAUAAGCCUAAUGAUGACUUUGUGGCAGCGCUUUUGGAAAAGGUGCGAGGCAUGCAGAAGCUCAGCACUCCACAGAAGAAGGGGGACAUCACCCCGUGAACUCCACCAGCUCCUCCCACUCUCAACCCUGUUACUCCAACCCUGAGGGGUGGAGGCGGGCACACAGACCCUACCACUACACCACAGUGUCUGUCUGUCAAAACGAAGACGAGCGAGGAGUUCAGCCAAGCCUAUCUCAGCUGCAGGUUAACCACCCCAACUGUCUUACUUUGUUUCAGUACUGUUUCCUGGAUAUAUAAUUAACGUAGAGAGUGUGGUAGUGUCCUUUUUAGCUUAAACGUAAGGGAGAGGAAAUGUGGAGCGGUUGAUGUUUUUCAGUUUUGUACACUAAAACACUAAGUGCCAUUGGACAUGGCUCGGUGCAUCUGUAAUUGAGUAGAAGAUUAGAUAAGACUCUUCUUUUUCUUUCCCUUUUCUCCAAGUAGUUUCCACUUAAUGUCUUUUUUUGUUGUUUUCACAAGAGCAAGUAACACUUGUUUCAGAAUGGGCUAAGGCAGCUAUUAGAGACAAUGAAGUGAGUGGUUUUGUUUUAACUUUGAAGUGUUUUGAUGUGAAAACAGGGAAACAAGAAUGCUGGGGAUUUGUGUGUUGGAACCAUUUUAAUUCAGUAGAUUUUUACAGUAAAUGCGGAUCAAGAUUGAAACGUGCUUUAGCACUUAGUUCUAGAUUAAUAAAGUCAGUGUCAGUCAGUAGCAAUACCAUGGGAGUGAAUUUGCCAAUCAAUUGUUACAUUCUUAUCAGAUUUUUUAAAAACAAAUCCUUACGUGUAUGCAGUCCGAAGGUUAUGAAGAACUUGAAGGUUGUGAAGACUAUGAAGGACCCAGAUUUAAAAUUGACACUAGUAUGUGUGGUAAGGCCUUGCUCUAUGAAAAAUCAAGUCUUAACGUCCAGACAUUUUUGUACAUAAAACCUUUAUUCAAUUCAAUUCAACUGAAUAUGAACUUUCUGACAAUGAGGAAGUAAACACAGUCCCUAUGUGCUGGAAUGAUAACUGUACUGUAUGCACUCUCACAACCAAUUAUGUGUACUAAGGUUCUUAAGAAAAUAAAGAAUGGUGCUAAACAUG